AUGGCUUGCUGCAAAGGCGGUACUCUACAUAAUGGUGAAGCCGCUGGAAGAGAAGAGAUCAUGCACGGCAUCAACGUCUAUGUCACCCACCCAGCCAACAACGUGACUCCUAAAGGCGUCGUAGUAUUCAUCUCCGAUGCCUUUGGUUGGAAAUUCAUCAACAGCCGUCUUCUGGCCGAUAAAUACGCAGAGAAAGGUCAGUUCCUUGUCCUCAUUCCCGACUUCAUGAACGGCACUGAGAUGAGCACCGCCACGAUCCCCGUCCUGAACGCAUUCGAAACCCCAGCCGGAUGGUUGAGUACCAUCUUCAUGAAACCCCUCCUCGCCAUCCGCAUCGCACUCAACGGCAUCCCCUUCGCGCUCCAGAACCUCUCCCGCCACCACGCCAUCAUGGCCUUCAUCGCCGCUCUCCGCACCCACGAACCGCCGUUCGAGACCAAGAAUCUCACGAUUGGCGUUGUGGGUUUCUGCUGGGGAGGCACGCAUGCUAUCCGUCUCGCGCAUGAUGAUCCCGGUACGCAGGUCCAGAGACACGAAUCGCAAAUCACGAGUGGAAAGCCGGCAUCGCUCGUGGAGUGUGCGUUUGCGGCGCAUCCGUCGCUGUUGAGUUUCCCGGGGGAUGUGGAGAAGGUGGUGCUGCCGUUGAGUGUUAUGGUUGGGGAUGUGGAUUCGCAGUUGAGCGAGGAGAAUGCUUGGAAGAUGAAGGAGAUCUUGGAAGUCGAGAAGAAAGGCGCUCAUGAGGUAAACAUUAUUCCUGGUGCUAAGCAUGGUUUUGCAGUCCGGAUGAAUCCUGCGAAUGACAAAGAGGCUGCUAAUGCCGAGCUUGCUGAACAACAAGCAAUCGACUUCCUCACUAAAUGGCUCACCUAA